UUAUUUUCAAGAAACCAAAACCUUACUAAAUUUUAUUUUUUUUUAUUUUUUAAAUAUUUUCAUCGGAGAAGGAAGAGAACGUGUGACUAGAAUAAUUUAUGGAAAUUUUGUCUUAAAAAAUUUUUUUAGACAAAAUUUCAAUUUCAAAAUUUUAUUCUUUCUCUUUUUCCUAUUGGAUUAUUUUUGGGGUUUACUUUAAAUUUUAAAAAAAUAUCUCACACGUGCCUCACAAUUUAUUCAAAAAAAUUUUUCAAAAUUUUUCAGAACUUCACUUACAAUUUCUUUCAUUUUUUUUGUCUUUCUUUGGCUAUUUUUAACAUUUUUUUGAUUAAAUUUUUGAAACAAUUUUUUUGGAUUAUCAAAUGUUUUUUAAGCAUUUUAUUUUUUUUGAAAUUUUUUUAAAUUUAUUUUAAAAUUAAAAUAGAGAAUGAAUGCUCGUGUUUUGGCAGGCUCUAAUGUUGUUUUAAUUCUUUGUGGUUCUUUUAAUCCUCCGACUUAUUUACAUCUUCGAAUGUUUGAAAGGGCAAAAGAUUUUCUUCAACAGGAAUGUAAAUGUAACGUUCUCGAUGGAAUUAUUAGCCCCGUUUCUGACCAUUUCAAAUCAAAAAAGCCUUCUCUAGCACCAUCAAUUCAUCGUUUACGAAUGUCUCAAUUGGCUACAAGUUCUAGUGAUUGGAUUAGAGCAGAUGGCUGGGAAUGCCAAAGAAAAGAAGGAUGGACAAGAACAUUGGAAGUUCUUAAAUAUCAUAAUAUGCAGAUGCUUAACAGAUAUUCAAACCUUCAAAAACUUCGUUUAAUUCUUCUAUGUGGAGCUGAUUUGGUCGAUUCCUUCACUCGUAAAGACCCAACAAGUUCAACUGGAAGGCUUUGGAGUAUUGAACAUUUAAAGCAAAUUUUAACACAAUAUGGUCUAAUAAUUAUUGAAAGGCGUGGGGCAACAGCUAACAAAACAUUAAAAUCUGAAGAUUUGGAAUUUUUGCAUUCACUUUUGGAUAACGUGGCUAUAAUUGAAGAAGACACUUUUCCUAAUGAAAUCAGCAGUACAAAAUUGAGGAUAGCUGUGCGGGCUGGACGUUCAAUUCGUUAUUGUACUCCUGAUUCUGUUGUGGAAUAUAUUAUUGAAAAUAAAUUGUAUACAAAUGAUUGGGAACAACAACAAUUAAAUGACUUGAUGAAAAGCAACUCAAACGAAGUAAUCCAAAAUCAUAAGACGGAUAAUAAUAUUGGUAAAAGCUGAUAGGUAUUAUAGAAAGGUACCAUUAACCAGUCUCAAAAUAAAAUUCCUAGCACGACUUGUUUUUACCAAAAUUUUUAAAUGGCAUUUAACCUACACCAACAUCAAUUUAACAUACCUAUUUUUUGUAUAUUUAUGAAUGUAUUUGAUGUGAUUUUUUUGACAUCACCUAAAAUAGAGGAAAUAUUUUAGAGAUUAUUCCUUGGAAAUUAAUUAGAGUCCGACUUGGUUUCGAUUUUCUCCCGGCUGGUCUUUAUCAUAUGUUUGUCUUUCCUUUGUGUUCGACUCCAUUCAGUUUCCCUUC